CCACGCGCCGUGUUUUGGAAUCGAUGGUCGAUCCGGUAAAGUUAGACGACGAGAGCCUCAAGUCGAUACUCAGAAUAGUCAGAUACUACUAGACCAGCGCGCGGAAUGUCUUCUGUUCAGGAGUUAAAAUCUGUUCUGAGGGAGACAUUAGAGACACGGGGGGUCUUGGGCCAGAUUAAGGCGAGAGUUCGUGCGGAAGUGUUUCAUGCCUUGGACGACCAGAGUGACCCCCGACCACCGCUCAGUAACGAGAACAUGCUCAUCAAUGAACUCAUCAGAGAGUACCUGGAAUUCAAUAAGUACAAGUAUGCAGCAUCUGUGCUCAUGGCAGAAUCUGGUCAGCCACAGACGCCGUUGGACAGAGAGUUUCUAGUCAAUGAACUAAACAUCACUGAAGAUAGAGACACCGCUACAGUCCCCCUACUCUAUGGCAUCCUCAGUCAUUUCCUACAGAGUAAAAGGACUCCAGUUACCAGAGAUUAUGGCAGAGCUACAAAGGCAUCAAAUAAAGACAGCAGGCUUGCUCACAACAGAAUACAUGUACCUCCUGCAACACAAGAUGGUGAGUUUCCUGGCCAUACCGAAGAGCCUUUGGUGCUGAGGGGAGGCAUCCGGAGGUAGCAAGAAAAUCACAGCUUACUGGAGCCACGAGAGCCAGCUCAAUAUCUCAUCAUCAGCUAUGCUGAUUUUUUCUUUAGUUUCUUAUCCUGGACAUUGAAGGAGAAAGCACUUUAGCCACCCCAGGCUUAAAGAUAUUUGACGCCUGUGGUUCAGUUUACGACUGCACUGACUAGCACCAAUCUAACAUGUCUCAUAUGACCCAUAGCAUGCUUCAGUUUGUGACUGAAUUACUGGGAUGGCCAACUGGCUCACUAGCUUCCAGGGGCAGUGAUGAACCCAAGACAUUGUUGAAGGUGAAGUUAAAGGCAAAGCCUAACUUUGGAUAUGGCCCCGUGUUGGGACAUUUCAGCACACAGGUUAUGUUGGUAACAGCAGCUGAGAAUGGGAAACUUGUAGAUGCUCGUGGCAGCAGACAUACAGGUCCUUCUUCACCAGUAUUGUGCGUGCUCAGAACUAUGCACACAUGCUCAGAACACGCACAUGCUCAGAACUGGUAUAAAGGACCGGUAUGUUUGCCGCCGCCAAGCAUCUCAGUGUUUCCUAUUCAAUACAAUAUUUGUCAGUGGGCCUAUGGGGAAAUAUCAUUUUCAAAGGUGUACAGUAUUUUAACAGUAUGUCAUCCAGAGGAAUUGAUUCAUUAUCAUUAUACCCGCUCCUUGGGCUCUCAGCAUCUGAACAUUCUUUCGACUAUCUCAGCUUCCUGUCAAUUAUACAUGUACUUGCCGGAUGCUGCUGUAUUAGUGGCUAAUCACAUGCACCCAUCUAUACUCAUAGGAGGAAGGCAUGCAGGGAAGAAGUGACUUGCCCAAGGUCACGUGUAACUACAUAUAACUACUAAGAUUCAAAAGCUUGACCCUAUGAUUGGAAGCAACAAACACUGUCCAAAAGUCAACCACUCCAUCAAAUUUACCCACCUUUUGCAAGAGUAUGCAGCCAUUCUGGGUUUUUAAGUGUACUAAAAAAUGACAAGUCUACAACACUUGGAUCGUCUUGCAUAUCGGUAACAUUUAUUGAUAAAAAUAACCUUUAAAUUUGACACAGAACAUCUUUUAAACCCUCAAUGCCACUGAAGCUGCACUGGCAUAAACUUUAGUAUGUACAAGUAAUUCUGAAUAAUUUCUAUGAAUGUACUAAGCCACUGUACAGAUUUAUGCCAUUUUCAGUGUCAGAGUGAGUUUGUACAGUUAUGAUGUCAACUUUUCCACACUGACUGCCUAAUCAGUCAUCAAUUAAACUGAUUUUAAAAAAGAGAAAAUAAAUAAUUUACACAAGCCAUUUGUGGCACAAUUGACUUUGAAUCACUUCGAACAAGUUAGUUGCUUUAUUUGACUGACUGUGGAUGAUUAUCUUAAGUGUCACGUCAGUGC